UAACGAAUAAACAAACAAUAAACAAUCACGAUGAGCUAAUAAAUUGAAAUUAUGGUAAAUAUUUCGGGAAUUUCUUGCUUAAAUUAUUAGUUUAUCGUGGCUAAAAUACCUAAAAUUCGCUUUAAAACAAUCGGGGGCCUUUAAUUAAGUGAUGGUGUCAAGAAGAGGAGUCAAGAUAAAGUUUUUCGUCGGAGAAAGAGUCUUGUGUUAUGAACCUGAUCCUACAAAAGCUAAAGUCCUGUAUGAUUCUAAGGUCCUUGAUAUAGUGCUUUGCAAAGACUCCAAUAAUAAGAAGUUAAUUGAGUAUUUAAUACACUUUCAGGGGUGGAAUUCUUCUUGGGAUAGGAGGGUCAGGGAAGCGUUUGUUUUAAAAGACACUCCGGAAAAUCGCCAGUUGCAAAAGGACCUCGCAGAAAAGGCUCAACUACAACUGGGAGCAUAUUUGUAUAGAAAAGAACGAAAAAAGCACAAUAAACCUUUAGAGAGGAACACAAUAUCAUCAGAGGAUGGCAGCUCAGGAAGUCCCGCUCGUAUAGAUACUGAUGAAAACAUUGAGAUGUCCAGUAGUUCUGACGAAAAUUCUUCUUUGGAAGAUGAAGUGAUUGAAAUUGAGAUUGUUCAGGAGCUAAGGGAAAUUUUGGAGGCCGAUUACUAUUUGAUCAAUGGGAAAAAUAAGAGGUUGAAACUUCCGGCAGAACCAAAUGUUGUCACCAUCCUGGAAUCAUAUUAUAGACACUAUGCCACAAAUCAGUUUUGUGGCCUAAAUGAAAAACCCAGUUCCAGAUAUAGAAAUCAUUUUAAUAAUAGAGAAAACCGACCUAAAACAGAAGACAUCCAAAGAAAUGUAGCCCUUUGCAGAGAGGUCUGUGAUGGAUUGAGAACUUACUUUGAUUAUACCGUUAAUGAUUUAUUGCUGUAUGGUUCAGAAAAAGGUCCCGGACAGUUUGUUACUGCUCCUGCUUUAAUGAAACAUCCUGAUUCUCCAGAGGCAAAAGCAGAAAGGACUAUUGUAAACAACGUGGAACCACAUUCCACGAUUGUCCCGAAUAAUAACCACGUUAACAACCACAACGGUUUCAGUCAUUCCUCUUUGACCAACUCGAGACGAAGGACUUUAAGGUCAAACAAUAAAGUUGACGCUCCUCUGAACGGAAACGGCACAAUCGAAGAAACUAAUGGGGCAACAGAUCCGAAACCUGGAUCAAGUAUCGGCAGCAGUAACUCUGACAUAAAUGGCCCAAUAACAAAAGCCUUGUCCUGGAGACUGUUACCGGAUUACAUUUAUAACCAGCAACCGCCACCGCCCUGUUUGGUAUACGGCGCUAUCCACUUUGCCAGACUGUUCGUUAAGAUGCCAGAACUAUUGACUCAAUCCUCGAUACCGGAUAAUAAAAUGAAAGUGAUUUUGCAACAUGUGGACGGGGUGAUUGAUUUUUUGAAUGAACACAAGGAGUGGUACGGAGAGAAGUUUUAUGUGGACGCCCCUAGUUUAUGUGGGUGUAUGACAUUUGAGGAUAUUGGCAAGGUUGACAAGUUUACAGGUUCUUCAACUUUCAUUGUUUAAGUUAAGCCUCAAUGUGACUUGUUGUAUUGUAUAACGUUAAUUUUACUUUUAAAAAAAAUGUAGGAGAUCUGGACAUUUAGCAUAUCUUUUUUUAUUCUUAAAUAUCUCCAUAUUACUUAAUCGUAACAUAUGUCUUAAUAAAUAAAUAAUUUUUCAGUA